AUGGACGGGCAGGUGGUAGCAACAGCGACUGUGGCCACACCGAGACUGGCCAUCCAAAAGAAGCAUUUAGCUGGUCUCGAUCCGAGUUGGGUGGAGUUAUGGAAUACUUACGGAGCACAUAUGGUCAGGGCAGAUGAAGUGUCCAUUGAGGAAUACCGCAAAAACCCUGCGCUAUACAGCUUCACCUAUCCAACAUGUGAAGACUUUGCAGGACCUGAUGUCUUCCAUGUGGAAGACGUGCAAGUGCCAGUCACAGCACCGGUCGGAGAAAUCACCGUCAGGGUGUACUCGCCAGAAGGACCAGGACCUUUCCCUGUACAUCUCAACUUCCAUGGUGGCGGAUGGGUUCUCGGUGGCCUAAAAAGUGAAGCCGCCUGGUGUCGACAUAUGUGCAACAAAGCCAGCAUCAAGGUCAUUGAUGUUGACUACAGAUUAGCACCUGAGUACCCUUUCCCCACGAGCAUAUAUGACUGCUGGGAUGCCGUCAAGUGGACCAUGUUGAAUGCCAGGACCUUGAACAUCGACCCAGGUAGUGUUUCUAUCGGUGGUCUUUCGGCAGGCGGCCAGAUGUCGGCUGUGCUCGCGCAUUUCGCACGCGACGAGGGCAUCGCACUCAAGUUGCACUUGAUGAUUGUGCCCGCAACAGACAUGCGUUACUGCUUGAAAGGUUCGCCACUCAGUGAGGCUACAUGCCCGUACCCAAGUGUGCAUCUCUUUCACGAUGUGCCAUGGGGCCCGUUGGGUCGUGAGCAGUGGUUUUUGAGAUACUGGCUUGGUGAUAGCCGAACUAAUAGAGGUGUAGGUGCCCAAGAAGAAGCUCUUAAUAAGUGGAUAUGUACUCCCAUGUUGGCUCCGUCCUUUAACGACUUAGCGCCUGCACAUAUCAUCACGGCAGAGUUCGACCUUGAGAGGGACGAAGGAGAAUUCUAUGGCGAGCUGCUGCGCAAAGCUGGUAACACGGUGACAAUGAAGAGGUACGCUGGGAUGCCUCAUGCUUUUGGUCAUUACAACCAUCCAGAAAGGGGUUUGAAACAGAGCUUUGAGUACAUUGACGAUACGAGUAAGCUGCUACGCAGUGUUCACUUUGGCGAGCAGCAGCGAUCAUAGAUGUUGGGGUAAAUUCCAAUCAAUAAAUUCUCGUAUUGGAUAACAGUGCAUCUGCAAAGGGCAUAGUGGGGCCAUGUGCAUCUCCAUGUGCGACAGUAAUCCUCAGACUAGUGGUCAGGUAAGGCUGGCGAGUUGAGCAUCAGACAACUGAUAUCAAAACGACUCUUUCGAGAACAGUUUCAUACACCAGGUUGCUGAUAGGCGGGGCGGAUAGGCGAGAGAACCCCGCCAAUCAAAUUCAACGCCGCGAAAAGGGCCGAUUACAACAUCCGACCGUGCGGCGAACUGGGCUGCUUUCCGUCGGCGUCGGCAUGGUGUGAGUCCAUGUCGAUCUAGAAGGAUGCAAGUUGUACGACGAUGAAUGCUAUUCACAUCUUUCGAUUCACAUACUUUUGAUUCACAUCCUUUCAGCCCGUGAGUGCUAGCAAGGAAAUUCUCGAAACAUG